AUGAAUCUUAAUACUACCGCUACUGCUACUACUAUUACUACUUCGAAUAGUAGUACUACUACUACUACUACUACUACUACUACUACUACUACUACUACUACUACUACUACUACUACUACUACUACUACUACUACUACUACUACUACUACUACUACUACUACUACUACUACUACUACUACUACUACUACUACUACUACUACUACUACUACUACUACUACUACUACUACUACUACUACUACUACUACUACUACUACUACUACUACUACUACUACUACUACUACUACUACUACUACUACUACUACUACUACUACUACUACUACUACUACUACUACUACUACUACUACUACUACUACUACUACUACUACUACUACUACUACUACUACUACUACUACUACUACUACUACUACUACUACUACUACUACUACUACUACUACUACUACUACUACUACUACUACUACUACUACUACUACUACUACUACUACUACUACUACUACUACUACUACUACUACUACUACUACUACUACUACUACUACUACUACUACUACUACUACUACUACUACUACUACUACUACUACUACUACUACUACUACUACUACUACUACUACUACUACUACUACUACUACUACUACUACUACUACUACUACUACUACUACUACUACUACUACUACUACUACUACUACUACUACUACUACUACUACUACUACUACUACUACUACUACUACUACUACUACUACUACUACUACUACUACUACUACUACUACUACUACUACUACUACUACUACUACUACUACUACUACUACUACUACUACUACUACUACUACUACUACUACUACUACUACUACUACUACUACUACUACUACUACUACUACUACUACUACUACUACUACUACUACUACUACUACUACUACUACUACUACUACUACUACUACUACUACUACUACUACUACUACUACUACUACUACUACUACUACUACUACUACUACUACUACUACUACUACUACUACUACUACUACUACUACUACUACUACUACUACUACUACUACUACUACUACUACUACUACUACUACUACUACUACUACUACUACUACUACUACUACUACUACUACUACUACUACUACUACUACUACUACUACUACUACUACUACUACUACUACUACUACUACUACUACUACUACUACUACUACUACUACUACUACUACUACUACUACUACUACUACUACUACUACUACUACUACUACUACUACUACUACUACUACUACUACUACUACUACUACUACUACUACUACUACUACUACUACUACUACUACUACUACUACUACUACUACUACUACUACUACUACUACUACUACUACUACUACUACUACUACUACUACUACUACUACUACUACUACUACUACUACUACUACUACUACUACUACUACUACUACUACUACUACUACUACUACUACUACUACUACUACUACUACUACUACUACUACUACUACUACUACUACUACUACUACUACUACUACUACUACUACUACUACUACUACUACUACUACUACUACUACUACUACUACUACUACUACUACUACUACUACUACUACUACUACUACUACUACUACUACUACUACUACUACUACUACUACUACUACUACUACUACUACUACUACUACUACUACUACUACUACUACUACUACUACUACUACUACUACUACUACUACUACUACUACUACUACUACUACUACUACUACUACUACUACUACUACUACUACUACUACUACUACUACUACUACUACUACUACUACUACUACUACUACUACUACUACUACUACUACUACUACUACUACUACUACUACUACUACUACUACUACUACUACUACUACUACUACUACUACUACUACUACUACUACUACUACUACUACUACUACUACUACUACUACUACUACUACUACUACUACUACUACUACUACUACUACUACUACUACUACUACUACUACUACUACUACUACUACUACUACUACUACUACUACUACUACUACUACUACUACUACUACUACUACUACUACUACUACUACUACUACUACUACUACUACUACUACUACUACUACUACUACUACUACUACUACUACUACUACUACUACUACUACUACUACUACUACUACUACUACUACUACUACUACUACUACUACUACUACUACUACUACUACUACUACUACUACUACUACUACUACUACUACUACUACUACUACUACUACUACUACUACUACUACUACUACUACUACUACUACUACUACUACUACUACUACUACUACUACUACUACUACUACUACUACUACUACUACUACUACUACUACUACUACUACUACUACUACUACUACUACUACUACUACUACUACUACUACUACUACUACUACUACUACUACUACUACUACUACUACUACUACUACUACUACUACUACUACUACUACUACUACUACUACUACUACUACUACUACUACUACUACUACUACUACUACUA